AUGUCUAUAUUUGUUUUCUUCCUAGAUAUUGGUAUUAACCUGACAGAUCCUAUGUUCAGAGGAAUCUACAGGGGAACACAAAAACAUCAAGAUGACUUUUUGGAUGUGGUAGAGAGAGCAGUCAAAGUUGGCGUUAAAAAGUUUUUGAUUACAGGUGGGAGUCUACAAGACAGUAAAGAUGCAUUACAGCUGGCACAGACAAAUGACACGUUUUACAGUACAGUUGGCUGUCAUCCCACCCGCUGUGGAGAAUUUGAGCAGAGUAACCCUGAACAGUAUUUAUCUGAAUUAAAAAAUCUGAUUGAAGAAAAUAAGACAAAGGUAAUAGCAGUUGGAGAAUGUGGCUUAGAUUUUGAUAGAUUAGAAUUUUGCCCAAAGGACAUCCAACUCAAGUAUUUUGAAAAGCAGUUUGAACUGUCAGAACAGACACAUCUGCCCAUGUUUCUCCACUGUAGAAACUCACACGCCGAAUUUUUAGACAUAACAAGAAGGAACCGAGAUAGAUUUGUAGGAGGGGUGGUCCAUUCUUUUGAUGGCACAAAGGAAGAAGCAGCAGCUAUAUUAGAUUUGGAUCUUUAUAUUGGAAUAAAUGGCUGCUCAUUGAAAACAGAAGCCAACUUGGAAACACUGAAAUCAAUUCCUAGUGAGCGACUGAUGAUAGAGACUGAUGCACCUUGGUGUGGAGUGAAAAAUACUCACGCUGGAUCAAAAUACAUUAAAACUACAUUUCCUACAAAAAAGAAGUGGGAAAUAGGGCACUGCUUGAAGGACAGAAAUGAACCCUGCCAUAUAAUACUGACCAUGAACACAUCUUGACCAUGACUGGAAAGCCUGCACCUUCUGAUGACAAAUCCUAUCGCAGCUUCUGUAGUACCUUGGUAUUACAUUUGUGACCUUGCAGUAAACUCCUGUAGCACAGCUUAUGAAUUUCUCUACUAUGUACCACAUCGGUAAGGGCUCUUCCCUAACAGAUGUUGAAUUCAAUGUCAUUUAUCACCAGAUCCACUUCUUUAAACAUUUUUUUUUUUUUCAUUCAGGAAACACGCUGCCUUUGUUUUGGGCUCCUCAAUCAGCUUCUAGUCUAUGCAACUGCUUUCUCACCCAAACCAGUUUGGGAGAGAUUUCGAUCUCUACAACUUGCAUUUGACUGUAAGGUGCUUUCAAGCUCUGUACUAAAACUAAUGAAAUCACGAGUAAUACUCUUCCUACUAUUGGACAGCAUCAGUCUUUUCUGACAACUGUAUUUUAGAUUGUUCCAAAUCCUCCACAGUAAGUGUUUAAAAUGUUUUAAGCCAUGGUAUCUUGAUCAUGGGAAUAAAAAACUUUGCUAAGAACCAGCAUUUCAUUCCACCGGUUGUGUUACCAGCUGCUUGUAUCAAAAAAACCCCCAAAACUAAAAAACCCAAAUCCCAACCUGAAAACCACCCCCAGCCGGGAGGACUGAGUAAGGAGGGAGAGGGCCUACAUGAAUCAGUAGCAAAAGGCAGACUACAGAAGUUAUUAAUGCACCUUGACAGCGUUCCUUGCUGGCAGCACCGGCUGAUGUACAAACAUUCUCCUUAACUAAUCAUUAACCUCAUGACCUUGUGAAGCCGACUGAGGAAAAGCCUCAACUGGUUUUCAGAAAGUGCUGUGUAUCGUAGCUAGGUUCUUCCAUGAAAAGCUGAGUAUCCGUUACAUACAGCGCUUUCUUUAAAAUAAGCUUGACCAUUCCGUUGCCUUUUCAUGCAUACUGCCGUACCCCCCUUGGGGAAAGCGAACGCUGCUGCCAAGUUUGUACCCUUUGUCUUUUCUCAGAAGUCACAGGGAAGGCUCAAACGCUUGUAACAAGCUUAUUAUUUACACAGUUGUGAUCCUUUGAGCCAGAUGAGCUGCCUUUUGCACUAAGCGGGCUGCUCUGAAACACGCCUGUUAUCAAAACCUAUUUUUCUUCCGUGCAGUUGCAGGAACAGGCCCGUAUUUAGGUACCAUAGGUCAUCUUACAGCACCGACAUUUCACAUGCAAGACACAUGCCUAAAAACAGUACCACAGUGAGUCAACAGGAAAGCUAGACCUACUGGUUCCUCUGAAGAGGGGUUAUAACAAAAGGUAAAGGGUUUCUCCACCAGCAGUGGUGGACAAGUCAAGACCCCCCCCUAAAGGAAGCUCAAGAGACCACAGGAGGCAGCUCAGGUCUCUGGAGGGGAGCUGAGUGCUCCUCUCCCCAUCUCCAUUUACCUCACUCAGCCUAUCUGCUGCAAGGAGACUUCCCCCUGCCCUGCAAAGUGUUCACCAAACGGUGAAUCUUUCCCCUCUGCUGGGAAACGCUGCAGCUCCUCCUCCAAGAAGAUCUGUCCUUGUUUCUGUACAUACCGCUGCCCAGCUUCGCUGUUCCUAUCCACGCCACCCCACCACCAACUGCCUGCUGUACAGCCUCGAAACACAGCGUUUAAUCAAGCCACACGCAUUUACUUCUUAAAUCAUUUCUUGUGUUACAAUGAAUCCCUCCCUCAUUUUUUUCCUUUAAUUCCUGCAAUUGUCAGUAUCUUCCUAGUAGCACACCACCUAGGAUUCAACUUCCAUCAUCUGGAACUGCCAAUUUCCCUUCCCGCCCCCCCAGUCCCAGC